AUGGCUAUGGGCUACUUUAACAAUGGUGUUUAUGCUAAUGAAACAUGGUACGCAGAACGUGGCAAUGCUUCAAUGUCCACCGACUACAACUGUGCAAUUCCGACCGCAUGUCAAAACAACGUGGUAAAGAAACAACAAGUCUGCAAAGGUAAUAAUGAACUGCACUCAUGUAAUAUCCACAUGAUUUCCAAAGAUGGUAACUUGAUAGAUUUACUCACACUCCAGAGAUGAAAACUUUCCCGAGAACAAUGAUUGUUCGUCUUCGGGUAUCUUUUUGGUUCUAAAAAGGUAUCUUACGCUAAAAAUUGUUUCUACUGUUUACAUCCUAAGACGUUUGCGCAGUCAUGCAUUUGAGUUCCAUGAACUUCACAACCUCUAAACCCUCCACUAAGUUUCCUUGAAACUAUUGCAUGCUUCUAGUUUCCUUUUUCUCUCUCUUUCGUGCAAUUAGGGAAUUUCACAAUUUUUUACUUCAGUCGUACUUAACUAAACACCUCUUUCUCAAUUUUUUCCUUGAUAAAUGCUUUAAAAAUGACGUUCUAGCUUAAAAUGUAAAUCAACCUAUUGUGUUUUCUGAAAGUAAACGUUUUAAGGCUAAGAAAACACGUCUUAAAUAUUCUAAAAUUGUUCCCAAAAAAAUCUGGUUUCUAGCGUAAAUGAUGAGUUUUACAAUUUGAAGCAAAGUCACGAAGCAAUGUAAAAGAGGUCCGUCGGAAACAUCGCAGCAAGGAAACUAUGAAAACAUCGUGAUUCACACAGACAACAAACGAUAAUUUGUACCCAGAAUUUCACUUAAAACAAAAAACUUGAUGAACUAUUUAUCAUUUUGUGAUUUAUAGCCAUUCUUGCUUCUCGAUAAUUAGUGAUUUCCAUCCUUAUAAAUUCGAAUUUUUGUUAUUUCAUAAGUUCCUGUUCAUAAGUUUCAUAAGUUCGCUUGAAAGUCGCAAAUGUGGAGUAUGGAGGAAGAGUGGAAGUAUUUUACAAGAGGAAAUGGGCGAAGAUAUGCAGGAAUGAGUGGGAUUUCAAAGAUGAUGUCAAAGUUAUUUGUCGUCAACUUGGCUUUGAAGAGGCUUUGGCGGAAUUUAUUGGGUCAGACAUAAAGGAUGAGGGAAUACCUUUUGCAAUGUCCGAUGUCUCUUGCACCGGAGAGGAGUCAGAACUUGCAUCAUGCGAUCGCUUUGAUGGAAAGUUAAAUAUUCCAUCUCAAUGUCAAUCGGAUGGCGAAGGUUCUCAAGCGUUGUGUCAACCAAGUAAGUAACUAAAUGUUUAGGCCUGAUUAGUGAUUCCGGUUUUAGUGGUUGUCUUUUUCUUCCCAUUGACCUUCUGAAGUGGAGGAAAAUCAGAGUAAAUUGAGAUCUACAGAAGACCAGAAAACCAUUUCUAAAAACAUUCUGGUAAAGUAUGACUAGUGGACAAGCAUAUAUCUGUUCGCAGAUUUAACGCUUUAGAUAGUGACAUGACUUUGACUGGGGAUGACAUGACUUAGUUUAGGGUAACAUGAAUUGGCUUAAAAUAACUUAGAUGAUUUUGAUUUCUUCAACUUAGUUGAUAAGGUAAAUUUGCCUCCGUAAAGAGUUUCAAAGCUAAAAUUCGAGCGUUAGCUCUUCGUCAGAGCGGGUGCUAUACUUCCCCACAGACGCAGCACCACAGUUUCUUAAGGAAUUUACCCUUCUUAUAGAUGAUUCAGUUUGGUCUUGAGGCGGAAUAACGUUAGCUAAGGUGUACAUGACUGUCAAGAAGGUAAUAUGACAGCUUAAGAUUAUCUGACUUCAGUUAAGGGUUACCAAUUUUUUUAAUGGGUUUCAUAACUUCUUUGGAUGCAAUACAAUUCUGUUCAAAGGUUACAUUACUUUAAUAACGGCUAACAUGAUUUUGUUUGGAGUAAUGUAACAGUUUUAAGUACGACAAAGUUCAAAACAUUUCUCAAUGUAAGCAUUAGUACAGGUAAAUAUAUGCAUCUUUUGUAUCCCUUCUUGUAGUGUUAAUUACAAAAAAAUUUACUUAUUUUGACAUCAUCUAAAUUGAACCUUUUUUUGCAGAGAACAAGAAAGUGUUGCUUAGAGAUGAACUCUAUUUUGAUAUUUAUACCAAAGAACGGCUUCACCGCUUAAUACACAAUACAACCAAUCAUGCUAGAUGGGUCAUCAAUGGGCAAAAGCUUGAAAUAACAAACUCUUCUUCUCGAAGGAUCAGGGCUGAAGAUAAUGGUGAUCUGGUCAUUGAUGAUGUGCAACUGUCUGAUGGAUGA